AUGUUCGUGUCCGGACUGACCUCCGCAGGGAAGGACACGGGCAAACCCUGCGCAGACCGUGUCUGGUUCACUGUUUACAACGCAGUGAGCGAGACGCGACCCCCUCCGUCCGCCCAACUGUGCGCUAGCUCCCGGUGGCGUCCUCUAAGUACCUUUGCUAUCGUACCUAUUUAUACCACGAGCACAGCCAGACCUGAUUGUAUCGUGGCACCAAAGGAUUGUCCCAUUAACUACAAAGAGGGAGAGAUGGUGAUGGCGGGUAGAGCUAUUAAAUUAUUGAUUGACUCACAGAACACCCCAGUCGAUAUUGGAAGACGUGUCGGACAAGGACAGGCAAAUGUGGACUAUAGGGUACAGAGAGCGGGUUAAAGCGCACUAUCGGGGGGAAAAGGAUGUUGUUUACUUGAUUGGCAGCUCUAUUUGAUUCCUCUAAGCUUUGUAGUCGUCAUUGCCAAAUGAGUCAAGUUAAUGAUACCUAUGGUAUUUCCCGAAUUGGGCUAUUAGUGUUAUUGUUAUGUUACUCAAGUACAAACCCUCCUCGUGCGCAGCUGUCAUAUUCUAAUUUAUUGCACCUGUGAUCUCCUGAGCAGUAGCCUACACGAAGCUUUCGCCACAUUGCCUGCCUUCAUAAAUAAAAUGGGCAAAAUCUAAUCAAUGGUGUAAUCUUUUUCCGCACUGAAUUCCACAUAUUGCCUUUGUUGCCUAUAUCUGUUGUGACAUGCAGCAUCCGACCUUGGGAGGACUCUCACAGAGAUGUACAGUGGGGGAAAAAAGUAUUUAGUCAGCCACCAAUUGUGCAUGUUCUCCCACUUAAAAAGAUGAGAGAGGCCUGUAAUUUUCAUCAUAGGUACACGUCAACUAUGACAGACAAAUUGAGAAUUUUUUUUCCAGAAAAUCACAUUGUAGGAUUUAUAAUGAAUUUAUUUGCAAAUUAUGGUGGAAAAAAAUAAUUAUUUGGUCACCUACAAACAAGCAAGAUUUCUGGCUCUCACAGACCUGUAACUUCUUCUUUAAGAGGCUCCUCUGUCCUCCACUCGUUACCUGUAUUAAUGGCACCUGUUUGAACUUGUUAUCAGUAUAAAAGACACCUGUCCACAACCUCAAACAGUCACACACCAAACUCCACUAUGGCCAAGACCAAAGAGCUGUCAAAGGACACCAGAAACAAAAUUGUAGACCUGCAGCAGGCUGGGAAGACUGAAUCUGCAAUAGGUAAUUUGGCAUGGGUCCUCAGAUCCUCAAAAAAUUCUACAGCUGCACCAUCGAGAGCAUCCUGACUGGUUGCAUCACCGCCUGGUAUGGCAACUACUUGGCCUCUGACCGCAAGGCACUACAGAGGGUAGUGCGUACGGCCCAGUACAUCACUGGGGCAAAGCUCCCUGCCAUCCAGGACCUCUAUACCAGGCGGUGUCAGAGGAAGGCCCUCAAAAUUGUCAAAGACUCCAGCCACCCUAGUCAUAGACUGUUCUCUCUGCUACCGCACGGCAAGCGUUACCGGAGUGCCAAGUCUAGGUCCAAAAGACUUCUCAACAGCUUCUACCCCCCAAGCCAUAAGACUCCUGAACAGCUAAUCAUGGCUACCCGGAAUAUUUGCACUGCCCCCCCACCCCAUCCUUUUUACGCUGCUGCUACUCUGUUAAGUAUUUAUGCAUAGUCACUUUAACUCUACCCACAUGUACAUAUUACCUCAACUAGCCGGUGCCCCCGCACAUUGACUAUGCAACGGUACCCCCCUGUAUAUAUAGCCUCCCUACUGUCACUUUAUUUUACUGUAUAUAUAGCCUCCCUACUGUCACUUUAUUUUACUUCUGCUCUUUUUUUCUCAACACUUUUUUGUUGUUGUUUUAUUCUUACUUUUUUUGUUUAAAAUAAAUGCACUGUUGGUUAAGGGCUGUAAGUAAGCAUUUCACUGUAAUGUCUGCACCUGUUGUAUUCGGCGCAUGUGACCAAUAAAAUUUGAUUUGAUUUGAUAAGCAGCUUGGUUUGAAGAAAUCAACUGUGGGAGUGAUUUAUUAGGAAAUGGAAGACAUACAAGACCACUGAUAAUCUCCCUCGAUCUGGGGCUCCACGCAAGAUCUCACCCCGUGGGGUCAAAAUGAUCACAAGAACGGUGAGCAAAAAUCCCAGAACCACACGGGGGGACCUAGUGAAUGACCUGCAGAGAGCUGGGACCAAAGUAACAAAGCCUACCAUCAGUAACACACUACGCCGCCAGGGACUCAAAUCCUGCAGUGCCAGACGUGUCCCCCUGCUUAAGCCAGUACAUGUCCAGGCCCGUCUGAAGUUUGCUAGAGUGCAUUUGGAUGAUCCAGAAGAGGAUUGGGAGAAUGUCAUAUGGUCAGAUGAAACCAAAAUAGAACUUUUGGUAAAAACUCAACUCGUCGUGUUUGGAGGACAAAGAAUGCUGAGUUGCAUCCAAAGAUCACCAUACCUACUGUGAAGCUUGGGGGUGGAAACAUCAUGCUUUGGGGCUGUUUUUCGUUUUUGUUCCAGGACGACUGAUCCGUGUAAAGGAAAGAAUGAAUGGGGCCAUGUAUCGUGAGAUUUUGAGUGAAAACCUCCUUCCAUCAGCAAGGGCAUUGAAGAUGAAACGUGGCUGGGUCUUUCAGCAUGACAAUGAUCCCAAACACACCGCCCGGGCAACGAAGGAGUGGCUUCGUAAGAAGCAUUUCAAGGUCCUGGAGUGGCCUAGCCAGUCUCCAGAUCUCAACCCCAUAGGAAAUCUUUGGAGGGAGUUGAAAGUCUGUGUUGCCCAGCGACAGCCCCAAAACAUCACUGCUCUAGAGGAGAUCUGCAGGGAGGAAUGGGCCAAAAUACCAGCAACAGUGUGUGAAAACCUUGUGAAGACUUACAGAAAACGUUUGACCUGAGUCAUUGCCAAUAAAGGGUAUAUAACAAAGUAUUGAGAAACUUUUGUUAUUGACCAAAUACUUAUUUUCCACCAUAAUUUGCAAAUACAUGUAUUAAAAAUCCUACAAUGUGAUUUUCUGGAGAAAAAAAAUAUCAAUUUGUCUGUCAUAGUUGACGUGUACCUAUGAUGAAAAUUACAGGCCUCUCUCAUCUUUUUAAGUGGGAGAACUUGCACAAUUGGUGGCUGACUAAAUACUUUUUUCCCCCACUGUAUGUGUGUGGACUUUGUCACGUGGCAAAGGUCCGAUAUUGCACUAAUAUAAACAAUUCAUGCUGCUAGCACCAUGGACAGCGACCACCAGAAUCCCCCGAGCUGACAUUUUAAACUCCCUUUUUUCUUUCCUCUUCCAUCUCUUUACCUGCAUGCCUACUGGGGGAAGGGAUGUCAUAGGCUACUGUAAUAUUAUAUGAUAUCCCUUGGAAGAGUUGGGCCAAAGCAGUGUGCCAAGGAGGUUUUAGAACUUGGGUUAGUGAAUCAGUCAUGAGCACCAUCUGAUGUAGAUAGAAGGUGGAUUGCAUUAAGUGUGUAGCUCAGCUGGUAGAGCACGGCGCUUGUAACGCUAAGGUAGUGGGUUCGAUCCCCGGGACCACCCAUACACAAAAAACGAAUAAUGUAUGCACGCAUGACUGUAAGUCGCUUUGGAUAAAAGCGUCUGCUAAAUGGCAUAUUAUUAUUAUAAGUGUGGGACAGGUGCACUGGUAUAGGGUCUCAAGUGAUCACUUUCAUUUCAUGAGUCCAUAUGCCACAGAAGAUCAAAUGUAGGUUAUUGGUGCAUACUGUCUAUGAAACUGUGCUUAGUACUUCUACUGGCUAUGUGAACGGUAAUGCAUGAUUGUUUCGGUUUGUGUUAAAAGCUUUCUACAGACUAUUGUAUCAAGCCACAUGCAAAUGCACGAGAACUGAUCUACAUGUAGAUUAUGGUGGAUUUGGACAAUCUAGGAUUCUAUAACUUCAUGGUCUGGUAUCCUGAUUGCCUGGGACAUUAUUCUACAGUGGGGAAAAAAAGUAUUUAGUCAGCCACCAAUUGUGCAAGUUCUCCCACUUAAAAAGAUGAGAGAGGCCUGUAAUUUUCAUCAUAGGUACACGUCAACUAUGACAGACAAAUUGAUAUUUUUUUUCUCCAGAAAAUCACAUUGUAGGAUUUUUAAUACAUGUAUUUGCAAAUUAUGGUGGAAAAUAAGUAUUUGGUCAAUAACAAAAGUUUCUCAAUACUUUGUUAUAUACCCUUUAUUGGCAAUGACUCAGGUCAAACGUUUUCUGUAAGUCUUCACAAGGUUUUCACACACUGUUGCUGGUAUUUUGGCCCAUUCCUCCCUGCAGAUCUCCUCUAGAGCAGUGAUGUUUUGGGGCUGUCGCUGGGCAACACAGACUUUCAACUCCCUCCAAAGAUUUCCUAUGGGGUUGAGAUCUGGAGACUGGCUAGGCCACUCCAGGACCUUGAAAUGCUUCUUACGAAGCCACUCCUUCGUUGCCCGGGCGGUGUGUUUGGGAUCAUUGUCAUGCUGAAAGACCCAGCCACGUUUCAUCUUCAAUGCCCUUGCUGAUGGAAGGAGGUUUUCACUCAAAAUCUCACGAUACAUGGCCCCAUUCAUUCUUUCCUUUACACGGAUCAGUCGUCCUGGUCCCUUUGCAGAAAAACAGCCCCAAAGCAUGAUGUCUCCACCCCCAUGCUUCACAGUAGGUAUGGUGUUCUUUGGAUGCAACUCAGCAUUCUUUGUCCUCCAAACACGACGAGUUGAGUUUCUACCAAAAAGUUCUAUUUUGGUUUCAUCUGACCAUAUGACAUUCUCCCAAUCCUCUUCUGGAUCAUCCAAAUGCACUCUAGCAAACUUCAGACGGGCCUGGACAUGUACUGGCUUAAGCAGGGGGACACGUCUGGCACUGCAGGAUUUGAGUCCCUGGCGGCAUAGUGUGUUACUGAUGGUAGGCUUUGUUACUUUGGUCCCAGCUCUCUGCAGGUCAUUCACUAGGUCCCCCCGUGUGGUUCUGGGAUUUUUGCUCACCGUUCUUGUGAUCAUUUUGACCCCACGGGGUGAGAUCUUGCGUGGAGCCCCAGACCGAGGGAGAUUAUCAGUGGUCUUGUAUGUCUUCCAUUUCCUAAUAAUUGCUCCCACAGUUGAUUUCUUCAAACCAAGCUGCUUACCUAUUGCAGAUUCAGUCUUCCCAGCCUGGUGCAGGUCUACCAUUUGGAUUCUGGUGUCCUUUGACAGCUCUUUGGUCUUGGCCAUAGUGGAGUUUGGAGUGUGACUGUUUGAGGUUGUGGACAGGUGUCUUUUAUACUGAUAACAAGUUCAAACAGGUGCCAUUAAUACAGGUAACGAGUGGAGGACAGAGGAGCCUCUUAAAGAAGUUGUUACAGGUCUGUGAGAGCCAGAAAUCUUGCUUGUUUGUAGGUGACCAAAUACUUAUACUUAUAAAUUCAUUAAAAAUCCUACAAUGUGAUUUUCUGGAUUUUUUUCUUCUCAAUUUGUCUGUCAUAGUUGACGUGUACCUAUAAUGAAAAUUACAGGCCUCUCUCAUAUUUUUAAGGGGGAGAACUUGCACAAUUGGUGGCUGACUAAAUACUAUAUUCCCCCACUGUACAUGAUGGAAGUAAUAGGAAGAGAAGGCACAUGCAGGUGGGUGUACAUCUGGCCUCUGGUGGACCCAAAAUCAUUCCUACUCCAGACACUAGCUGGCUCCCAUGGAGGGCCAGUGUGUUUCUCACUGCUGCGGCCAGAUGCUCAGCGGAGUGACCACGUUCUUGGGCAGUACAGGGGUCAGUAGAGUCAGGGGUCAACCUGUGUUUUGGCCAGGUUUAAAGGGCUUCUGGCCAGGUUUAAAGGGCUUCUGGCCAGGUUUAAAGGGGUGCUGAAUUAGCCUUAUGUUUCUGUGUUGCCACCUAGCUUCCUUGCACUCUAUCAGGGCCAUGUUCAGUAGGGCACACUGUAAAGAAGCUCUUUGAAAUGUUUGCAAUGGAAAACAAGUGUUUCUUAUUGGACAAGUUCAGGUAGUACAUCCCUGUUUAACUCUGUUUCGAAACAGUUUCUCCCUACUGAACACAUAAACCAUGCUCUUGCUCUUUGAGUAUUACUGCAUUGUCAUUUCUUUUAGGGGAUGAGGAGGAUGGGUCCAUUGGUGACAUAAUGCAAAUAGAAAUGAAGUCAUUGGUUUCGCAGUUGACAUGUAUUAUACACGCAUUGUGUCUUACAAACCUCUUUGUCUCUCCCGUCACUGCAAAAAAUAAGUAAUGUGUUUCGGAGUUGACGCGAACAUUUCAAAGUCUUACCAACUUCUUGGUCAGUGCCGCCACCACCUCACAAGGUGACCUCAUCCUUGGAGUGGGGACAUCAGUCACAUUACUGACAUGCGGUGAUGUUUUCUCUCCUCAGCGAUCAAGGAGUUCCCUGAAGACCUUUUCACCAACAACGAGCGCAAGAGUGGGGCCGUCCUGCUGCACAUAGCGGCGGUAAGGCAGCUCUUUCAAUGCUUCUAUCACUAAUUAUGACGCUUUUAUCACUAGUCCAGUCCAAAAUCAACCUCUAGUCCCUAACCCUAGUUAGUAGACUUCUUGAUUGCCCCCGAUAGGUAUGAAAGGUGUAAGUAAUACGGGAAUGACUUGACCGUGGUCUUAGAAUGAUGGCUGGAGUUUUCACCACAAAUAUUUGAGGGGGCAAUGAUGGCUUAAUUCAAUAUCUUCACAUUUAAUUCUGUUUAUAUCUUGUAUUUUGUUAUCCUGAAAAUAGAAAUGUGACCCCCUCGGUUUCAGUGGGCAUGAAACGUCUGGUAGUAUUAUCACGAGAUGUCUCUGGGUAGGGUACGAAGGUUAGGGUGUCCACUCACUGCUCAUAGUGGGUGAAAACGCACUUUGGUGAUGACAUUUCACUUAUGUUAUAAAAUACAUUUUACCAAGACAAAUAUCAUCAAGUUCUGAAUCGUUCAGUGGGGUCUUUCUCUAACACAUCAUUAACAUUUAUAUCAAAAAAGUCGGAUUUCGUAACCUAAUACAUCCGAUAAUACGCAACAAGCUCUGUUGACAGAGCGGUGCGCUUUCUCACAGAGACUUUUGAGGAUUUUACGUGUGGUGGUCGCAAAAAGCCAAAUGAACAUGACACGAACUGAAUUAAAUGUAAAAGGUUUUGAAAUUAAAAAGCUUGCGGUACACUCAGUGCUCUGUUGACAUUUCACAGAGCUAUGCUUGUUUUUGUGAGACAUCUUUGAAAAUGAACAGGAAUUUCGUAUUAAUAUGUGAAAGCGUAUACUAAAAUAUGAAAUACUACAAGUCAUGUCUCAAAAUCUAUAUCUAUCUUACCUCUAUUGUUUUAUAGCCUCCGGAAGCGAUGCUAUUUUUCUGAUUUUUGACCGCUUUUAUUGUCUGGCCUCCACUGAUUUAGUCACCCCAAUUUUUAAUUUAUUUUACCCAUUGGUCAAAAUAUGUGUUUUUGAUUGGACACCCUUUUAAGGGUUGAAUGGACUGGCUAUGUCUCCUUUCUCCACCACACCAGCUUGAUCUCACACUAUUCUGACCCAAAGCAGGGGCUCCUGCCCGCUCCUAUAUAUUCACUAACAGCGAACCCUGUCCUGCUGGGUUCUGUCCUGCUGGGUUCUGUCCUGCUGGGUUCAGCCCUGGUCUAGGGGUUUGCCAGGCUGUGUUCAGCACUGGUCUAGGAGUUUUCCCUUCCGGUUUCAGCACUGGUCUAGGAACCAUUUCUCAAUUUGACAGGUCUUCAUUGUAAAUAUGAAUUUGUUCUUAACUGUAUAAGUAAAGAUUUUAAAAUACAUCUCACAUGUAAUAGGUGUGAAACUAAGAGGAAUCUUGAUUCAUUUAAUGUAACGCUAUGAGGGUGAGAUGAGCGGAUGAAUGGUAAAUUGGAGCCAAUUAUUUGCUGGUCCUACAGUGCCCCCUGUGGAUGGGUUGGAGCACAUCAACCUCUCUGCAGCCCCGUGAUGACAGUCUUGAUCUAUAAUUUAUAUAUCUAUCACGUCAGCUGUACUGAAAUAUAAUUGGGGGGGUUUUCUCACUCACACAAUGCUAAGGAACAAUUGCCUGGUCACAGAUCUCUUUGUGAUGUCUUGCCAACUGCUAUGGUUAUUUGACAAGACAAUGAUCAUAGGAGAAGGCUAUACAGCGCAAACUGAUAUCUGGGACCAGGCUAGGGGGAUAUUAUGCAGUACGCACUGCAGUUAAUAUCUAAGCAAUGACAUACAAUUUUCAAAAUGAUUGGAUCAAUCCCAAAUCAGAGGAUCAGAUGGGUGUUAUUCUACCUAGUAGUAGCUGUUACAUCCUUCACAUAUGUUAGGUAGAAUCUUCUCCACAUUUCUUACCUUAUGUAUGGGAUCCUAGAUGUUUCUAAUCCUCUCAGAUCUACAUCAUACCUAGCAGGUAUGUGCUAGGGGUCGAUUUGGGAUUGGUCGAUAGUGUUCUCUAGGGUCAUCCUUCACCUCUCCUACAUUCCAUCUUCAGUAAAAAUCCUUGAUCUGCCAAGUUUCCUAUCAGUUCAGCCAAUUAAUGCUGAGUUAACGUUUCACACACACACACACACACACAGACACACACACACAGACACCCUGACUAUUGUCUCCCGUCUCUCCACAGGCCCUCUAUAUGUUCCUGGCCCUGGCUAUAAUCUGUGACGACUACUUUGUGACAUCGCUGGAGAAGAUCUGUGAGGUGAGACAGUUUUCCCCCACCCUUGUUAGAACACAAUCUGGUGAAACUGGCCAGAGAUAUUAGGUCCUUGUGACCCUAGCCUUAUGUUUUUAACACGGGUGAGUUUUCUGUUAAGUAGCUAGUAGCUAGGGUGGCACUUUACUUCUCAAGUAAUAAUUUAGAUAAUCAAUAUUCUUUGUGAGAACUGAAUGAAAUAUUCCUAAUGAAGUACUUCGCUAUUCUAUGAUUGGUUUGGGUGUGGAGAUAAAUGAAGUGCCACAUUUAACUACAAAGCUUUUGGGAAGCUCACCCUGAAUAAGCACUCUGGUCUCCUCUCUUUCUCUCCUCUCUUUCUCUCCUCUCUUUCUGUCCGUCAGAAACUAGAUCUAAGUGAGGAUGUUGCCGGAGCCACUUUUAUGGCAGCUGGGAGUUCUGCUCCAGAGCUGUUUGCCUCCGUCAUUGGUAAGAUAUGACACACCACCGCACGCACACACCGGCACACACAGGCUCACUCACACACUCACUUACAUCGACACAUAAUCUCUGAAACCCAGAAGUAAAAUCGUGUAUAAUUGCGUCAGAUGCUGGAUUAUGUUCUGGGGAGAGAUGUAUGAGAUAAGAUAUUAACCAGACUAGAGAAGUCUCCACCCCCCCCUAAACGGAAACUCUCAGACAAAGCAUGGACCAAAUGUCCCCUCUCCCUUCUGAAAUUCAAAAGAUGUGAACACCUGCAAAAUUGUGCUUUGUCCAAAUGUUCAGUGCCAAAAACAAUCUACGCACCGGAAAAUGUUCCUUGUUAAUCAUCGCAUCCCACAGUCUGUUGACAGGCUCUACGUGCAUCUGUUCACCAGAGUUUAACACACCAAUAUAUCCAAAAAAAAAAAAACACACACACACACACACCACAUCUCCCAGAUGGCUGUUGUCAGGGCUGAUUGUGGUUGGCUGCCUCCCUCUGUGCAGGUGUCUUCAUCACCCACGGUGACGUGGGGGUGGGGACAAUCGUUGGCUCAGCCGUCUUCAAUAUCCUGUGCAUCAUCGGUGUGUGCGGAAUCUUCGCCGGACAGGUGUGUGGGUGUUUGUGUUUCUGUGUUUUGUGUUUCUGUGUGCGUAUGCAUGUGUGCAUGCAGGUCUCGUAUAGUGCAGCAUUUGCGUUUGGAUCACUUUAGGACUGAGAAGUAGGGGAACCAUGUCCAGAUGUCUGGUAGUUUAACAAUUUCUCACAGCCAUCGUUAGUCUUGGAAAGCAUAUUUCUGGGCCAGUAUUCACAAAGAGCAGGAGUGCUGAACUAGGUCGAAGGAAUUGUCCGCAGAGCUCUGAGACAGGGUUGUGUCGAGGCACAGAUCUGGGGAAGGGUACCAAAAAAAUUCUGUAGCAUUGAAGGUCCCCAAGAACACAGUGGCCUCCAUCAUUCUUAAAUGGAAGAAGUUUGGAUUCACCAAGACUCUUCCUAGAGCUGGCCGCCCGGCCAAACUGAGCAAUCGGGGGAGAAGGGUCCGAUGGUCACUCUGACAGAGCUCCAGAGUUCCUCUGUCGAGAUGGGAGAACCUUCCAGAAGGACAACCAUCUCUGCAGCACUCCACCAAUCAGGCCUUUAUGGUAGAGUGGCCAGAUGGAAGCCACUCCUCAGUAAAAGGCAUGUGACCGCCUGCUUGGAGUUUGCCAAAAGGCACCUAAAGACUCUCAGACCAUGAGGAACAAUAUUCUCUGGUCUGAUGAAACCAAGAUUGAACUCUUUGGCCUGAAUGCCAAUCGUCACAUCUGGAGGAAACCUGGUACUAUCCCUACGGUGAAGCAUGGUGGUGGCAGCAUCAUGCUGUGACGAUGUCUUUCAGUGGCAGGGACUGGGAGACUGCUCCGUUAAUCUUUGCCUCGAUCCUAACUAAAGUACAAAGUGAUCCUUGAUGAAAACCUGCUCCAGAGCGCUCAGGACCUCAGACUAGGGUGGUUCACCAUCCAACAGGACAACGACCCUAAGCACACAGCCAAGACAAGGCAGCAGUGGCUUCGGGACAAGUCUCUGAACGUCCUUGAGUGGCCCAGCCAGAGCCCGGACUUGAACCCGAUCGAACAUCUCUGAAGAAACCUGAAAAUAGCUGUGCAGCAACGCUCCCAAUCCAAUCUGACAGAGCUUGAGAGGAUCUGCAGAGAAGAAUGGGAGAAACUCCCCAAAUACAGGUGUGCCAAGCUUGAAGUGUCAUACCCAGGAAGACUCGAGGCUGUAAUCGCUGCCAAAGGUGCUUCAACAAAGUACUGAGGAAAGGGUCUGAAUACUCAUGUAAAGCUGAUAUUUUUCGUUAAUUUUAUUCUAUACAUUUGUAAAACAUUUCUAAAAACCUGUUUUUGCUUUGUCAUUAUGGGGUAUUGUGUGUAAAUUGAUGAGGGGGGAAAAAAACAAUUUCAAUCAAUUUUAUGAUAAGGCUGUAAUGUAACAAAAUGUUGGAAAAGUCAAGGGGUCUGAAUACUUUCCGAAUGCACUGUACGUAGACAAGGGGACCUGAUCCUAGAUCAGCACUUCUAGUCUGAGACACUUCAGGUUGUAUACAGGGACUGUUUCUCUUUCUAGGUCGUAAUGUUGGGUUGGUGGUCUGUAUUCCGAGAUUCAUUCUACUACAUCUUGUCUAUCCUCGCGCUUAUUGCGGUAAGUCUGACAAUUCAAAAUGCAUGUAACAUGUACUGAUUGCGACCAUAAACACUGUAUUUAUUGAAUAAUCCCUAACUGGCAUUGUUUUAAUUUCUGCCUAUGCUCUUGUUCCCCAGUUCAUUUACGAUGAGAAGGUGGUGUGGUAAGUGAUCAGCCCUUUUGAAAUAUUACCUUGAUAUGAUGGGAUUUCAUUGGUUGUGCACCUGAACUCUGCUCCUUAUUGGGUGAUAUGAAGUGAUUUUAUUGGGUUACUGUGAUGUGAUUUCAUUGGUCUAUAUUGGGUGAUUUGGAGAUAACGGGAUUUCAUUGGUUGUGUCUGGCCCUGUGCUCCUCUGUCCGUCUCAGGUGGGAGAGCCUGGUGUUGGUGCUCAUGUACUGUGGAUACAUCCUCAUCAUGAAGUAAGUAAUGCACUACUAAGUCUGUGACACAACAAAACUCAGGGCGGCCAAUGAAACUGAGGGGGGAUAUCUUGAAGAAAUUAUCCGGUACUUUUGUUUAAUUUUUAGCCAGUAGUUCUGAAAGUAGAGCUAAUGAUCCAAAAGUGGUCCCCCCAAAAAAUUGUGUACUUCUUCACAUAUGUGCAGAUACACUACAUGGCCAGAUACCUGCUCGUCGAACAUCUUAUUCCAAAAUCAUGGGCAAUAAUAUGGAGUUGGUCCCCCCUUGGCUGCUAUAACAGCCUCCACUCUUCUGGGAAGGCUUUCCACUAGAUGUUGCAACAUUGCUGCGGGGACUUGCUUCCAUUCAGCCACAAGAGCAUUAGUGAGGUCAGGCACUGAUGUUGGGCGAUUAGGCCUGGCUCUCAUUCGGUGUGCCAAUUCAUCCCAAAGGUCUUCGAUGGGGUUGAGAUCAGGGCUCUGUGCAGGCCAGUCAAGUUCUUCCACACCGAUCACGACAAACCAUUUCUGUAUGGACUUCGCUUUGUGCACAGGGGGUAUUGUCAUGCUGAAACAGGAAAGGUCCUUCCCCAAGCUGUUGCCACAAAGUUGGAAGCACAGAAUCAUCUAGAAUGUAAUUGUAUGCUGUAGCAUAAACAUUUCCCUUCACUGGAACUAAGGGGCCUAGCCCGAACCAUGAAAAACAGCCCCAGACCAUUAUUCCUCCUCCACCAAACUUUACAGUUGGCACUGCAUUCGGGCAGGUAGCGUUCUCCUGGCAUCUGCCAAACCCAGUUUUACAAACUUGGAAAUUUUACAAACUGACUUGUUGGAAAGGUGGCAUCCUAUGAUGGUGCCACGUUGAAAGUCACUGAGCUCUUCAGUACGAGCCAUUCUACUGCCAGUGUUUGUCUAUGGAGAUGUCAUGGCUGUGUGCUCAGUUUUAUACACCUGUCAGCAAUGGGUGUGACUGAAAUAGCCAAAUUCACUAACUUGAAGGCGUGUCCACAUGCUUUUGCACCACGUCAUUGCUUUCUCGCUCUGCUGUGUGUUAAUCUUGCUAGCUGUCACUCAAAUGGCGAGGGGGUGAAGCUCAUUGGCUAGAACUUGAAUUGCUAGGGGGCUGGCCCAUGUGGGGGAAAAUGUAGGGAAAAUGGCAAAGCACAGCUUCCAGUAAACACACAAGUGAUUUGGUGGCUAAUUGAGGUAAGACAGUAAUUCUGGUGAUAUAUUGUACAUGUAUGAACUACACAUUGAAACAUCCAGCCCAAAGCGGGAGGUUUACAUUUCUGUAAUAUCUCUUUAAGAUAUCUUAUAUAUUUCUAAGAAAUAUACAAAGACUCAAUGCAAAGAUAUGAAUUUGAGUCCCCCCUGAUUUUCUGGGGGCCGGAAGGGUUUGGUCUGUCUGUUUUUGCCUUGGUUCAUCCAGGUCACUUCUGCUGCCAGUAAUCUGUCUCUCAGCCCCAGCCUGCUCACUCCCAGCCCAGCCAUAAGUCUUUAAUCCUCCCUCUGCCGUGGCUAAAGAGAACCAGGCUUAACUGGAUAUCACUUGUCUCCUGUCUAGUUAGGAGGAAAGGAGUUCUCAGACUGCCCUUCUAUGACCCAUUAUGAAUGCCACUCGGAAAAUAGCCUACUCACUGACUAUUUCAGACUAUUCUGUCCAUAGGGGUUGCUGUAUAUCCUAUCAAAAUAAGUGUGAAUACACAGGAUGUAAAAUAUAGAACAUGGUUUCACGUUCCCCAGAAGUUGCAGGACCUGAGUUUGUCACAGUUAUUGUACACAUGAACAGUUGUAACAAUUUUGCUGCAGUUUACUGUAUACAUAGGGCCAGGUUACCGGACCCAGAUUAGACCUAGUCCUGGACUAAAACACCUUUUUAAAAUGGAGAAUUAAGUCAAUGUAUUAAUCUGUGUCCAGGAAACUGGUCCCUAGAAUUCACACACGACUGCAUACAGUUCAGUUAUUGGCUGUUGAUGAACAAGGGAGCCAAUGACCAGUGUCCCUCUCUCCCCUCUUCUCCCAGGUUUAACCAGAGCUUGCAAAAGUUGUUCACAGGGAAAGGGGGUAAAGACAAGAACCAGGCCAACGGUAACGCGGCGGCCAGCAGCGAGAUGGAGGACGGUAAAACAGCCUGUUAUGGGGAUGACGACCCCUCAUUACCUAUACUCAGCACAGCAGCAGGUAAGGCUGACCAGACAGGCUAUAGUACACGCCAAGGCUUCUCGAAGACAUUCUCUACUGGUCUUCUUUCAAAUUCCCAAAAUGGACUUGGGCUAAGAUGAACUAUUGGUUGUUUUUUGAUCAAAUGCGUUUGAGGGAAUGGCUGUUUUGGUUCAAUCGCAAAGAGCUUGGCUGAGUUGGGUUGGGUUGUGGAAGUGAAGGUGGGUUGGAAUAUGGACUUGUGGGUUCAUGGGAUUUGGGUAGGACUUCCUCUGUCAGUGUGGUGAAGGUGUUGCAGUUCUACAGUCCCCCAUCUACUACGCUGACUAAUACUGGAUAAGAGGUACCUACCACAGUACUCUGCUCUCUCUAUCUGCCUCUUUCUAGCUCCCUGUCUCGCUCUCAACCUAGCCAUCUAGGUAUUAAUGUCAUAAGCGGGAUGUAACUUGUGUAGAUGAGACCCAUAUCUUCCGCUUUCUUUCCACUAAUGUCAAAGUGCCUGUCUGUUUAGCCUUACUAAACCUUCUGUUGCUUAUUGUAUGUAGUGAGUGUUUCUGCAUGCUAGAUUUCAGUGUGUUUCUCUGCAGUAUGUUUUUCUGCUUGUCUCUUGAGGUAUCAACCCACUGACUUAUGGUAAUACAUAUCCAAAUAUAGGGAAUGCUUCUGUCAGCUUUGUUUACUUAGUUAAUGUAUGCAUGUCAAUUUCUAUAUACAGUGCCUUUGGAAAGUAUUCAGACCCCUUGACUUUUUCCACGUUUUGUUACGUUACAGCCUUAUUCUAAAAUUGAUUGAAUAAAAAAAUUCCUCAGCAAUCUACACACAAUACCCCAUAAAGACAAAGCGAAAACAGGUUUUUAUAAUUUUUUUGCAAAUGUAUUAAACAUAAUAAAACAAACCAUACUUACAUAAGUAUUCAGACCCUUUGCUAUGAGAUUAGAAAUUGAGCUCUGGUGCAUCCUGUUUCCACUGAUCAUCCUUGAGACGUUUCUACAACUUGAUUGGAGUCCAACUGUGGUAAAUUCAAUUGAUUGGACAUGACUUGGAAAGGCACACACCUGUCUAUAUAAGGUUCCACAGUUGACGGUGCAUGUCAGAGCAAAAACCAAGCAAUGAGGUCGAUGGAAUUGUCUGUAGAGCUCCGCAACAGAAUUGUGUGGAGGCACAGAUCUGGGGAAGGAUACUAAAAAAUAUCUGCAGCAUUGAAGGUCCCCAAGAACACAGUGGCCUCCAUCAUUCUUAAAAGGAAGAAGUUUGGAAACACCAAGACUCUUCCUAGAGCUGGUCGCCCGGCCAAACUGAGCAAUCAGGGGAGAAGGGCCUUGGUCAGGGAGGUGACCAAGAACCCAAUGGUUAUUCUGACAGAGCUCUAGAGUUCCUCUGUGGAGAUGGGAGAACCUUCCAGAAGGACAACCAUCUCUGCAGCACUCCAUCAAUCAGGCCUUUAUGGUAGUGACCAGACGGAAGCCACUCCUCAGUAAAAGGCACAUGACAGCCCACUUGGAGUUUGCCAAAAGGCACCUAAAGGACUCUCAGACCAUGAGAAACAAGAUUCUCUGGUCUGAUGAAACCAAGAUUGAACUCUUUGGCCUGAAUGCCAAUCGUCACUUCUGGAGGAAACCUGGCAGCAUCCUGCUGUGGGGUUGUUUUUCAGCGGCAGGGACUGGGAGACUAGUCAGGAUCGAGGCAAAGAUGAACGGAGCAAAGUACAGCGAGAUCCUUGAUGAAAACCUGCUCCAGAUUGCUCAGGUCCUCAGACUGGGGCGAAGGUUCAACCUUCCAACAGGGACAACGACCCUAAGCACACAGCCAAGACAACGCAGGAGUGGCUUCAGGACAAGUCUCUGAAUGUCCUUGAGUGGCCCAGCCAGAGCUCGGACUUGAACCUGAUCGAACAUCUCUGGAGAGACCUGAAAAUAGCUGUGCAGCAACGCUUCCCCAUCCAACCUGACAGAGCUUGAGAGGAUCUGCAGAGAAGAAUGGGAGGAACUACCCAAAUACAGGUGUGCCAAGCUUGUAGCAUGAUACCCAAGAAGACUUGAGGCUGUAAUCCCUGCCAAAGGUGCCUUCAACAAAGUACUGAGUAAAGGGUCUGAAUACUUAUGUAAAUGUGAUAUUUCAGUUAUUUUUGUUGUAAAAACCUGUUUUUGCUUUGUCAUUAUGGGGUAUUGUGUGUAGAUUGAUGAAGGGGGUGAAAAAAUACAAUUUAAUCAAUUUUAGAAUAAGGCUGUAACGUUAAAAAAAUUUGGAAGAAGUCAAGGGUCUGAAUACUUUCCAAAGGCACUAAUUAAUAAACUCUUAAGAAUUGAAUAUAGAACCCUUAUCAGACCCUGCAUCCAGGCAUUUUACUAGGAGUAUGUGUAAACACAAAAAGGCAUUUUUACACAUUAAAGUAACUGUCCAGUGUUUCCAGAUUUCAAUUAGAUAUUACCAAUAUUUCAUUACAGUAUGAGUGAAAUAGUUUUCCUUCCAACUUUUUUACAAUUAUGUUAAAAAGCAUAUUUUCUGGGUUGGAACAGUGUUUUCCAUUAGCACCGGCCGUCCUCUAAUCAGCCGGUUACUCAUUUUCAGCCGGCUACCUUUUCAACUUCAUAUUAACUAGGCUAUGUUUCAUUUAAAAGUUUCAAUUCGCUAGUCCGUCGAGCCCUCUCCCGCUAGAAUGACCGAUUUUAUGCAUCUUCUAGCUAUCUUUUGAUAGGAUAGGUGCCUGUCAGUCACAAAGCAAGCGAUGACAGGGAAACGCAGUCUGCUGUCUGUCUCGCCUCCCGUUACAAUUUGUGUGCACGGUGGUUGGUUGCAGUCAGAUUUCUUUACACAGAGGAGGGAGAGGGCAUGAUGCUCGUGAAUUUCCGUGUCCCAUGUAAUGUAAGUGGUAACGAUGAGUCGAAAUCAAAUUAGCCUAAUUGUUUUAUGGCACAUUCAUUUAUUUUCUUUCACAUAGCCAGCCACGCGGAGUCGUGGAACAUAGGCUAUUUACUGUGCUUUGAUUGACAACUGAACAGCAAGUGUUGACUAGUUUUUAUAAACUGACUGAAUAAAGUCGAUGCAAUGCAAAUAGUCUGGGUAGCCAUUUGAUUAGAUUUUCAGGAGUCUUAUGGCUUGGGGGUAGAAACUGUUUAGAAGCCUCUUGGUCUUAGACUUGGCGCUCCGGUACCGCUUGCCGUUCGGUAGCAGAGAGAACAGUCUAUGACUAAGGUGGCUGGAGUCUUUGACAAUUUUUAGGGCUUUGCUCUGACACCGCCUGGUAUAGAGGUCCUGGAUGGCAGGAAGCUUGGCCCCAGUGAUGUACUGGGCCGUACUCACUACCCUCUGUAGCGCCUUACGGUUGGAGGCGGAGCAGUUGCCAUACCAGGCAGUGAUGCAACCAGUCAGGAUGCUCUCAAGGGUGCAGCUGUAGAACCUGUGGACGAUCUCAGGACCCAUGCCAAAUCUUUUCAGUCUCCUGAGGGGGAAUAGGUUUUGUCGUGCCCUCUUCACGACUGUCUUGGUGUGCUUGGACCAUGUUAGUUUGUUGGUGAUGUGGACACCAAGGAACUUGAAGCUCUCAACCUGCUCCACUACAGCCCCGUCAUUGAGAAUGAGGGCGUGCUCGGUCCUCCUUUUCCUGUAGUCCACAAUCAUCUCCUUUGUCUUGAUCACGUUGAGGGAGAGCUUGUUGUCCUGGAACCACACUGCCAGGUCUUUGACCUCCUCCCUAUAGGCUGUCUAGUUGUUGUCUGUGAUCAGGCUUACCACUGUUGUGUCGUCGGCAAACUUAAUGAUGGUGUUGGAGUCGUGCUUGGCCACGCAGUCGUGGGAGAACAGGGAGUACAGGAGGGGACUGAGCACGCACCCCUGAGGGGCCCCCGUGUUGAGGAUCAGCAUGGCGGAUGUGUUGUUACCUACCCUUACCACCUGGGGGCAGCCCGUCAGGAAGUACAGGAUACAGUUGCAGAGGGAGGUGUUUAGUCCCAGGGUCCUUAGCUUAGUGAUGAGCUUUGAGGGUACUAUGGUGUUGAACGCUGAGCUGUAGUCAAUGAAUAGCAUUCUCACAUAGGUGUUCCUUUUGUCCAGGUGUGAAAGGGCGGUGUGGAGUGCAAUAGAGAUUGCAUAAUCUGUGGAUCUGUUGGGGCGGUAUUCAAAUUGGAGUGGGUCUAGGGUUUUUGGGAUAAUGGUGUUGUGAGCCAUGACCAGCCUUUCAAAGCACUUCAUGGCUACAGACGUGAGUGCUACAGGUCGGUAGUCAUUUAGUCAGGUUACCUUAGUGUUCUUGGGCACGGGGACUUUGGUGGUCUGCUUGAAACAUGUUGGUAUUACAGACUCAGACAGGGAGAGGUUGAAGAUGUCAUUGAAGACACUUGCCAGUUGGUCAGCACAUGCUCGGAGUACACGUCCUGGUUAUCCGUCUGUGCCUGCGGUCUUGUGAAUGUUGACAUGUUUAAAGGUCUUACUCACAUCGGCUACGGAGAGCGUGAUCACACAGUCGUCCGGAACAGCUGAUGCUCUCAUGCAUGUUUCAGUGUUACUUGCCUCGAAGCGAGCAUAGAAGUAAUUUAGCUCAUCUGGUAGGCUCGUGUCACUGGGCAGCUCACGGCUGUGCUUCCCUUUUGUAGGCUUCUCACAGAAUCUAGGCAUUAAAAUGGAAUUCAACAAUAUUAAAAUGUUUUAUUGGCCUUACUAGGGAAUCCACUAAAUGUAUUGAAAAUUAAACUUGGAAAAAAUGAAUUAACAUAGGACAUGAACAGAAUGCAUCAAUGAUUCGUAUUUCGUGCAACUUUCUGAAGAGGCAAUGAGAAUGCCCGUUUGUGUGCGCAUAUACCACUUUGUGUAGCCGUUAGUGAUGAUGCUAAUGAAACGUCUUCCAGUAGAUGGAAAGGCUUUCCCAAAAAACUUCUCAAUUAAAUGGUAACUACAAAGUAUCGGGCCAGAAUAUCAUGAUUAUUUUCAUCAAUCCAGUGGGUAUUUGUUUAGCAAACUCUACCAUCAUGUGUGCUACAAAAACACCACUAAACAACAGCCUUUUGCACACUGGAAAACUACACCCAAAUCUCAACAUUUCUCAGAUUUUUCACAGACCUCAAAAGUUGUCUCCUGAUGUGGUUUAAGCAUUGUUGUGGACUUCGAACAUCAAAUUGUGUUUUUCUAUUUAUAAAAAAAGUUUUUUUUGAUUUUGAGAGUGAAAAACAGAAACCUGGAAAAACAAAAUGGAGAACUGAAUUUGGGAAAGAACAACAAACAAAUAGUGAACUCCAAAAGUUUUGGGACAGUGACACAUUUGUUGUUGUUCUGGCUCUGUACUCCUGCACUUUGCAUUUGAAAUGAUCCAAGACUGAGGUUAAAGUGCAGACUGUCAGCUUUAAUUUGAGGGUAUUUUAAUCCAUUUAGGGUGAACCGUUUAGAAAUUACAGCACUUUUUGUACACAGUCUUAAAGUAGUCAUACGUUUAGUAUUUGGUCCCCUAUUCCUAGCAUGCAAUGAUUACAUCAAGCGUGUGACUCUACAAACUUGUUGGAUGCAUUUGCUGUUUGUUUUGGUUGUGUUUCAGAGUCCUAUGUGCCCAAUAGAAAUUAAUGGUGAAUAAUGUAUUGGCAUUUUGGAGUCACUUUUAUUGUAAAUAAGAAUAAACACUUUCUAAACACUUUUACAUUGAUUACUCCAUGAUUACAGAUAGUCCUGAUGGAAUCAUGAAUAAUGAUGAGUGAUUAAUAUCAUACCCCCCCCCCCCCCCAAAAAAAAAAAUGUAACCUCCCCUGUUAUUGUAAUGGUGAGAGGUUAGCAUGUCUUGGGGGUAUGAUAUUUGUGCGUCUAACUUUCAAACUCAUCAUUCAGGACUAUAUCCAUGGAGUAAUCAAUGUAAAAAUGUUUAGAAACAUAUUCUAUUCUUAUUUGCAAUUAAAGUGACUCCAAAAUGACACAAUACAUUAUUUACCAUUCAUUUCUAUUGGGCACAGAAUUAUCUGAAACACAACCAAAACAAAUAGCAAAUGCAUCCAACUAAUUUGUAGAGUCACAAGCUUGUAAUCAUUGCAUGCUAGGAAUAGGGGACCAAAUACUAAACUUUUGACUACUUUAAUAUACAUGCGUGAAUUUGUCCCAAUACUGUUGGUCCCCUAAAAUGUGGGGACUAUGUACAAAAGGUGCUGCAAUUUCUGAAGGGUUCACCCGAUUUAUGGAUGAAAAUACCCUCAAAUUAAAGCUGACAGUCUGCAGUUUAACCCCAGUCAAUUUGUCACUGUCCCAAUACUUUAGGAGCUCACUGUAUAUUUUACAGGGCCCUAUCUAAUCAUUUUAAAAUAAUUUAGGCUAUAUAAAAUCUGAAAGAUAUACUUAAGACUGAUAUUCAUAUUUUUUCAAUGUAGCAUUUUAUUUCCUUUUCAAGAUAAUGUGGGCUAUUUACUUCAUUUCAUUUUUCUGUUUUAAUAAAAUACAUCAUUUUAAGAAGAAACAUCAUUGUGGCAAUUCAUAUCUUGCAGUAAAACUGUAAACAAUACUUUAAUCUCAUGAGAAGACGAGUUAAAUGUUAAAGGUUAAAUAUUCUCUUACUUAAAAAAUUGUCCUGCUCAUAUUGGCCUAGAUAUAGAUGAUAUCCAAACAACUAACAAUGCACUGAAUACAAACAUUUUCAGUCAUUUGAAAUUGUAAAGUCAUGUCUUUCUACAAAAGAGUUUACCCCAAAAAAAUUACUAAGAGAAUGACGACAUCCCCUGAGGAAAUGGCAAGCAGAGAUAGUUUUUAAUAGUUUUUUUUCUCCAAUUUAUGCUUUGGCCACAAAUACGAGUAUAGGAUGAGUCAACAACAUUAUUUGGGUAUGAGUUAACAGAAUAUGAACUUUUAAAAGGGAGAUUUUCACUGGACAGUUACUUCAAUGGAUGUUUGGUGUUUGGCGUUUUUUGCUAGCAUGAUUGUGUGUAUGUCAGUUUGAAGGACUAACGUGUCCGUCCAUCUCCAGUUAAGCCCAGUAAGGCUUACAGUCGUGGCUCUGUGGUCAUGGUUGAUGAGAUUAUGCACGACAGCCCUCCCAAGUUACGCUUCCCAGAGGCCGGCCUCCGCGUCAUGGUCACCAGCCAUUUUGGACCCAAGACCCGGCUGCGCAUGGCCAGUCGCCUUAUCAUCACUGAGGUACGGAUAGAUAGGGAUGCAACUAUAGGAAAUAGAUGAGGAGCGAAUAGUUUCCAUGUUAGAGAAUCCAAUGGUCUCAGAUAUAGAUUUUUAUAGUGCUUUCAUUGUGGUACUGUUGACUACCUGGGUUGUGUUCAUUAGACACCAAACAGAACAAAUCUGACUGAAACAGGGGGGUCUACCUAGGGUGUAUUCACUAGUCGCAGACAGUAGCAAAACGUUUGGUCUGAUGCAAAAAGUUUUGCAACGGAAACUGUUUACUUCAAACGGAAUAAGUUUUGCAACAAAGAAUUGAGUUUCUAUUGGACAAAUUCUUGUAGGUCCCUCCCUGUUUCGUUCCGCUUCCUUCUGUUUCCAUUUGGUUCCUAGAGUAAACUGUUUCAGUUGAAAAACGUUUUGCAACAGGCCAAAAGUUGUGCUACGGUCUGCCACUAAUGAAUUCACCCCUGGAAGUUUUCCGAUGUGUGCCGUAAUGAACAGCGCCCUGUUUUGCCUCUUCCUGACAGCGUCAGAAGCUGGUCCAGGGUGCCAACGGGGUGGAGACCCAGGUUCUGGAGGGGAAGGUGGACAUUGAGAACGGCAACGUGCCCGAAGACAAACCGGCAGUAGAGGAGCAGGAGAACGAAACCAUCUCCCCCUUUCAUAUCCCGGGUGUGUGUGUGUUUGUGUGUAUUAGUGUAAUGUUUAUCCAGACAGAGUUUGACGUUACUGAGGAAAUGUUUUGUCGUCAAGACAAGAUUGGUCUCAUUUGCUUCCUCUUCAGUGUUGCCCAAAUUACCCCAAUGACUUUAUCAUAUCAUGACAAACUCUAAUGAUCUGACAGACUGUUGUGCAUGGAAAACACUGCCCAAGUUUGUGUAUGAAACACACUUGUUUCAACUGUCAAGUGCUUGAUGAUUAAAGUAGCUGAUAACUUAAAUUUGUUGUAUAAGUGCUGGGCUGGAACAAAUACCUGCAGACCUCUGUGGCUCACCAGAACACUGUUCUAGAGUUGUAGGUCCAUCUAGUUCCUUUUUUUCGUUGCCACUGUGCUUCUGCUUGCUCUUCGAGACUAGGCAGGCUGUGUUACUGUAAAGCACUUUGACUGGAUAUAAAAACUAGGCAGGCUGGGUUACUGUAAAGCACUUUGACUGGAUAUAAAAAGGGCUUUAUAAAUACAUACAUUUGAUAGAUUUUUACCUGCCACUUCUGUUCCGCAGAUGGCAUCGGCAGCAAGUGCAAGUGGCUGAUCUCCUGGCCUCUGCUGCUCCUCCUGUUCUUCACCAUCCCCAACUGUGCCAAGCCUCGCUGGGAGAAGUUCUUCAUGAUCUCCUUCUUCCUCUCCACUGUCUGGAUCGCUGUCUUCUCCUACUUCAUGGUCUGGAUGGUGAGUCUCAGGGUCGAGGGUGGAGGAGUGUGUGUGGGGGGGUGUGUGAGUGGUGUGGGGGGGGGGGGUCACUUAUCGGUUGUAACGUGUGUGUGUGUGUGUGAGUCACAGGUCACCAUCAUCGGCUACACUCUUGGCAUCCCAGACGUCAUUAUGGGAAUCACCUUCCUGGCAGCGGGCACCAGCGUUCCAGACUGCAUCGCCAGUCUCAUUGUUGCUCGGCAAGGUACAGCUCUACUUUCUGUCAUUUCCCUUAACUGUUUGACAGGAGGGAAAUCCAGGACAUCUACUCAUUGGCUUUUUUCAAUUGGGGGGGGGGGUCCUAGAGACUGAGGUAUCUUCAGACUGUACCAUCUUUAGCAAUACUCUUGUUUUAAGGCUUUUCCAAGUUAAUUCUGGAGGUUGUUUUUAUGUAAUGCUUAUAUUUGAACAACAACAAUUUGUGUUUAGGAUUGGGUGACAUGGCAGUGUCCAACACCAUUGGCAGUAAUGUGUUUGAUAUCCUGGUUGGGCUGGGCGUUCCCUGGGCACUGCAGACCAUGGCGGUCAACUACGGCUCAGAGGUAAGAACAGCUGUAGGGAACGGCAUAGGGUGAGGUUGCCCCUGGACACUGAUCUUGGAUCACUUUAGCAUUUUCCCCCACUAAUGGUUUAAGGUUAGGAUAGGGGGAGUAUAGGGGACAGCUGUCCCUGUGGGGGGGACAGCUGUCGUACAACUUUAACUCAAUAUGCACUGUAAAUACUUGUUAUUUCUGGAAGUGAAUACACUCAAAUUAAAUCACGUGUUCAUCACUCAUGUUUUGGAGAGGGAAUAAAACAUGUCUAAGAACUAAGUAAAGAUGUGUUUCAGUACUGUGUGAGUCCUUGACCUUAUUGUCGCUCCAGCUCUCUCCCACGCGUCUACUAGGAGUGUAUCUCAAUAGUAUAAAACGUCCUCUGCUCAUGGCAGCCACUUAAGACUAUUGAGAUGCACCCCUUGAGUUAACUAUGACUAGAGCCGUGCAUUUAGAGAGUUGGGACAACUUUUAGAAUUUUGAAUAUUGUUCUAAUUCUAAACAUUCAGUUACAAAGCAUUAUUUAAAUAUUCCCCAUGUAACGUUAACUAUGACUUCCCCCUCUAGGUCAUGAUCAACAGUCGAGGACUGGUCUACUCUGUGGUGUUGCUACUGGGAUCUGUGGCUUUAACGGUGAGCAGAUACCCUUCUGUAGCUCAGUUGGCAGAGCAUGACGCUUGUAAUGCCAGGAUAGUGGUUUCGAUUCCCGGGACCACCCAAUACGUAAAAAAUUGUUUUGUUUCCUAAAAUUAUGAAUUGAGCCAAUGGUUUUUCAAUGGAGUCAUCCGUUGACUGAUGUACGACGGAGAAGAUUGUCCAACGACAAACGUCUUUUUACAUAAUGCAACGGGGGGCCAGUAUGAAAAAUGAAUGCACUCACUAAUUGUAAGUCGCUCUGGAUAAGAGCGUCUGCUAAAUGACUAAAAUGUCAAUUGGGUCACUAAAAAAAUACAACUUUGUAGGGCCUCCUGUAGCUCAGUAGGUAGAGCAUGGCGCAUGUAACGCCAGGGUUGUGGGUUCGAUUCCCACGGGGGGCCAGUAUGAAAAAUGUAUGCACUCACUUAACUGUAAGUCGCUCUGGAUAAGAGCGUCUGCUAAAUGACUAAAAUGUAAUGAAUGCAUAUACUAUUUGCACGUGUUCAUGUGUCUCUGAGUGGCCGUAGCUUUAUGCAACCAGAUUUUACUGGUAUGGUUCUGUUUUCUGGAUAGGAAUAAUGCUGUAAGGCUACUGUGUAAACUUUUGGUGUGUGUGUGUGUGUGUGUGUGUGUGUGUGUGUGUGUGUGUGUGUUAGAUUUGAGUGAUUAGUUGGUGUUAUUGAAAAAAGUGUGCAAUAAGCUCAGUUACACUAAUGGAAGCAUAAUUAGAUUAAUUAAUGAAUUUGCUAAUAAGGUACUCAUAACAUGCGUGCUGUUGCACUGUAGUAGUAGUAGUAGUUUGUUUAAAGGGACCAUGUGCAAUUAAAAACAUAAUUUAGGUACUGUAUCUUAAAUCACAGCUAAUUGGAAAAUGUAAUUGCUUACAUACAGUUGAAGUCGGAAGUUUACAUAGACAUUGUUUGGAGUCAUUAAAACUCGUUUUUCAACCACUCCACAAAUGUAUUGUUAACAAACUAUAGUUUUGGCAAGUCAGUUAGGACAUCUACUUUGUGCAUGACAACAAGUAAUUUUUCCAACAAUUGUUUACAGACAGAUUAUUUCACUUAUAAUUCACUGUAUCACAAUUCCAGUGGGUCAGAAGUUUACAUACACUAAGUUGAAGGUGCCUUUAAACAGCUUGGAAAAUUCCAGAAAAUGAUGUCAUGGCUUUAGAAGCUUCUGGUAGGCUAAUUGACAUAAUUUGAGUCAAUUGGAGGUGUACCUGUGGAUGUAUUUCAAGGCCUACCUUCAAACUCGGUGCCUCUUUGCUUGACAUCAUGGGAAAAUCAAAAGAAAUCAGCCAAGACCUCAGAAAAAUAAUUGUAGACCUCCACAUGUCUGGUUCAUCCUUGGGAGCAAUUUCCAAACGCCUGAAGGUACCACGUUCAUCUGUAACAAUAGUACGCAAGUAUAAACACCAUGGGACCAUGCAGCCGUCAUACCGCUCAGGAAGGAGACGGGUUCUGUCUCCUAGAGAUGAACGUACUUUGGUGCGAAAAGUGCAAAUCAAUCCCAGAACAACAGCAAAGGACCUUGUGAAGAUGCUGGAGGAAACAGGUACAAAAGUAUCUAUAUCCACAGUAAAACGAGUCCUAUAUCGACAUAACCUGAAAGGCCGCUCAGCAAGGAAGAAGCCACUGCUCCAAAACCACCAUAAACAAUCCAGACUACGGUUUGCAACUGCACAUGGGGACAAAGAUCAUACUUUUUGGAUAAAUGAUGGUAUAAAUUCAAUGUGAACAUUUCUGUCCCAUUCUUAACUGUGUGUGUGUGUGUAAAAUAGUCAGAUGAUCAGUGUUCCUUGCAUAAGCCUAGUCAGGUGUCUAGAGGUCUGAUUGUUCGGCUGACUAUGUAGGAUGUACUGUGUUCCUCUCUGCAGAGUGACUAUGUAGGAUGUACUGUGUUCCCCUCUGCAGAGUGACUAUGUAGGAUGUACUGUGUUCCCCUCUGCAGAGUGACUAUGUAGGAUGUACUGUGUUCCCCUCUGCAGAGUGACUAUGUAUGAUGUACUGUGUUCCUCUCUGCAGAGUGACAAUGUAGGAUGUACUGUGUUCCUCUCUGCAGAGUGACUAUGUAGGAUGUACUGUGUUCCUCUUUGCAGAGUGACAAUGUAGGAUGUAUUGUGUUCCUCUCUGCAGAGUGACUAUGUAGGAUGUAUUGUGUUCCUCUCUGCAGAGUGACUAUGUAGGAUGUACUGUGUUCCUCUCUGCAGAGUGACUAUGUAGGAUGUACUGUGUUCCUCUCUGCAGAGUGACUAUGUAGGAUGUACUGUGUUCCUCUCUGCAGAGUGACUAUGUAGGAUGUACUGUGUUCCUCUCUGCAGAGUGACUAUGUAGGAUGUACUGUGUUCCUCUCUGCAGAGUGACAAUGUAGGAUGUACUGUGUUCCUCUCUGCAGAGUGACAAUGUAGGAUGUACUGUGUUCCUCUCUGCAGAGUGACAAUGUAGGAUGUACUGUGUUCCUCUCUGCAGAGUGACAAUGUAGGAUGUAUUGUGUUCCUCUCUGCAGAGUGACAAUGUAGGAUGUAUUGUGUUCCUCUCUGCAGAGUGACUAUGUAGGAUGUACUGUGUUCCUCUCUGCAGAGUGACUAUGUAGGAUGUACUGUGUUCCUCUCUGCAGAGUGACUAUGUAGGAUGUACUGUGUUCCUCUCUGCAGAGUGACUAUGUAGGAUGUACUGUGUUCCUCUCUGCAGAGUGACUAUGUAGGAUGUACUGUGUUCCUCUCUGCAGAGUGACGAUGUAGGAUGUACUGUGUUCCUCUCUGCAGAGUGACAAUGUAGGAUGUACUGUGUUCCUCUCUGCAGAGUGACUAUGUAUGAUGUGUAUGUGUGUGUGUGUUCCCCUCUGCAGGUGGGGGGAAUCCACGUGAACCACUGGAAGUUGGACCUGAAGCUGGGUAUCUACACCCUGGUCCUGUACGCUGUCUUCCUGUGUUUCUCCAUUAUGAUUGAGUACAACGUGUUUACCUUCGUCAACCUGCCCAUGUGCAUGGAGGAGUAGCUAGACCACGCCCACCCACGCUGACCUCUGAACUAGGAAGCUCCACUCCCUCAACCCCAAACAGCAACCAAUCACAAUCGACCUUCCCCAUCCUCCACCACGUUACUAAACCUGGUUACCUGGAUAUCUCCUGUCUGUCUGACCCACCUUUCAUUGUCAUAACUGACCUGUUGACCUCUUGAUCUGAUCCUGGUCUUUAAAUCUUUCUUUCCCUGUGCUUGGACUCACUUUCCAAUGAGGCUUUGUUCUGUGGAGUGGACAGACGCAUUAAACAAACUGGACCCAUUUUCAGACAAGUCCAUUUUCCAUUCCCCCCCCCCCCCUCCACACUAUCUGUAGUCUCACUGUGCUUUUAUUAGCAUUCACCCACAGGCUCUAGAAUCAAACCUACAGUAGCAACAAUAGUCUCCCUCUCACAACAACCCACACAUAUCUCCGUCCAGGUUAGGGUUAGUCCUGACCCUCAGCAUUGACCCUCACCCCUUCUACUCUUCUCCAUCCAAACUUCUCCUCUUAUCCCAACCCCACCCCACCCAUCCACCCAAAGACCCUAUGGAGAAUACACAACCUCGCCCUAAACCUCUACCUCUCCCCCGAUUCCUGCUUGUACCCCCAACCUUUGGAGGAGGAACUCUCCUCCUCCCCUUUCAGACCUGGACCCCUCUGACAUGGUCCGAACUGUGACUUUAUCCAUAUCACUACAUCCCACCCCUCUGCACCAGACACUCACUUUCACUCCUCAAUCUCUCUUUCUACUCUUUAACUUUUCCCUUCUCUCAAUCACCUCUUAAGAAAGACAUUUUGUCAGGAAUCUUUGUGUCUAACGAGUCUGCAGUCCAACUCAAAGCUGAGACUGCCAGAAGAGAGUAUCAUGUAUAUUUGCAGCACUGCACAAUGGGGAAACUUGUAAAAGUAUUUUUUUCUUCUCGUUUUUGUAUUGUGGAUUUUAGUUUUUUUUAGAGUUAAAAAAUGACUAGUAUGAAAUACUUUGAGGAGAGCUUGUUGCAAUCAUAAAGGACAUUGCCUGUUUCACAGUAAUGAAUUGCGCACAGAGAAAAUGCUUUUAUUGUAAGGAGAAUUGGCUGCCCCUAGAAGGGGGGAGUCUGGCUGAAGGCGGCGACUCCAAAACCCGUGGUGCUGAAAGUUCAGCUGUUGUUUUUUUUCUUGUUCUGAGACCGAUAUCUCUCACACACCCCCUCUGACUGCACAACACCUGAAGAGAAGAAACACUUGCUCCAGAGAUGCGCUGGAUAUGUCACUGAGUUGGGGGAUAUCUUAGGGACGGUGUCCAUAUUCGGACGUCUUUGGACAGUAGCAUGGCGAAAUGUGUAUAGUAUCACAGAUGGGAGAAUUGGUCUGUUCUUCUCUCCUUCUCCUGUCUGCUCUAUCCCCCCUUUGACCACCAGGGGGCAAUGCUCCCUCACUGAUCUAUCUGCAUGGCAGGGGUCUCAAGCAACCACAGCCGUUUGGUUAUCAGGGAAUAUCUGGAGCCUUGCAGCUCCAGUAGGGGGCGACAUAGGUGGUGUUUUCUCUGUGAAUUACAUGUAGAUAUUGCACUUUAAAACAAGCAAAGCCGUCCUCUCAUUCUGAAUCAACUAGUGCUUCCUUUGUGUGUGUGUGUGUGGUUGUAUGUACAGUGUGUGUGAGAGAAUGACGAGGGUGUGUGCUGACUUGCAGGCCCGCGCCCAGGUCGGUCUCACCACCUCUAAUCCCUUGAACUUGAACCUCCAACACCGUGAGCACACACCCGUUUCUGUCUGCAGUGCAAUGCAUGUUGGGACAAUAAAUGCAGGCUCCUCCAUGGCACGAACCCCCCCCCCCCCCCCUUCCUGCGCCCACUUUAUAAAAAACGGCAGCUACAGGCUACUGCAAUCUAAGACAUUUGACAUCAUGCAAAAACACCUGCAGGAACGGAGUCUACAAUAAGCUGGAGAGACUUGCAUUAAUAGGGGAGUGUUAAUGAUGAUAACUUGUCUUUCCUUUUUGUGUUGGCAGCAGGUACUUGUAUAUGCAAUCUCAAUGUAAUGUGUGUUGGACUCUGGAGGACCUCCAUGGGGGUUGCCAUAAUGUUAGUGGAACAUUUGAGCUCGUUGGUCUGAAUGACAGCUAAAGGACCGAGCCAGAGGACAUUGAGGAAAUGUUCUGGAACGGGGGAUUCUGUGUGUUCGGUGGAGUCCGACCCUCUGGUACAAGGGCAUUACUCAACCACCAACUCUACCUGAGGAGAGGAGGGGAAGGACUCCAGCUGGGAAACACCCCCCAGGCUGGCUACAGAUGGUUUAGUCUAGCGUACUCUGAACUUCUCCUUCUCCAGGAAAGAGAUCUCCUCUCUGUGUGAAGGACCUGAGGAGCAGACAUUUUAGUAGCAGGACCUAAAUGCUACUCUUGGGCGGGGGGGGGGGGGGGGUUGGACUUGCUGUGUUCUCUUGAAAGAAAGUGACCACACAGGUCCUCAAGACUCUAUUGCCCCCCCUUCCUCACCCCUCCUUAUCACACCCCAAUGCUCUCUCUGACCACCCCCAUCCCGUGUCAUGUCCCCCUCACCCCGCUCGACCAUCAACUUAUAGCAGUUACCCCUACUGCACUGUAUAUACCCCAGUGGGUCUUUUCCCCAUAGAACAGUGAAAGAGUAUUCUCUGCUAGUGCCAUUCUGAUUCUCAUUGUAGUCUUCUUUGUAACGACCACUGCAUUCUCAAUCUUUUCACUGGUUCUUAUUAACUGUACAUACAUAGAUAUUUUUUGAACAUAUGAUGCUCGCUUUUUGGGUCAAGCGUAUACCUGAGUUGAUUAAGAAUGUCUCAUGUCUUUUGGGGGGGGGGGGGUUGUUGAUUUUGUGCAUUUCCCUUUGUCUGUCUGUCUGUCUGUUGGUUUUGAGCGGUGGGUUUGGGUCUGUGUACAACACCUGUGUGGUUGUGUCCUUGGUCCAAUCCCAAAUGGACCCCUAGGCCCUAGGUACUUGUGGAGAGAUGAGAAGGUUUGACAGCUGUAAGUAAUAGCUCCACAUAGCCACCUAACGUCCAGGCUCGGUGGAAGUUUCACCAUAUUGCGCUAAUACCAAUCAAACCGUCUAUGAUCUCCACAAGUGUAUAGCGCAUAGGGUCUAGGGGUUACUUUAAAAUUGGGCCCUCGUUGCCAGGUCCUGAGAGUGUCAACGGGUGUACUCAUUAGUCCAGACCGCUGCAAAAUGUUUGGUCUGUUGCAAAACGUUUUGCAACUGAAACUGUUUACUCUAAACGGAAAAUGUUUUGCAACGAAAACGAGAGUUUCUAUUGGACAAAUUCAGGUAGGUCCCUCCCUGUUUGGUUCCUAGAGUAAACGGUUACCAUUGCAAAAUGUUUUGCAACAGGCAAAAUGAUUUGUAACGGUCUGCGACUAAUGAAUACACCUCAGCACAGCAGGUCACACUGCUCCUACUGUUUGACUGUCCUAACUCUUCCAACACCCACACACACCACCGUUUAAUAAUUCACCAGGCAAUCUGCCUCAUAACUUUACUUUCACUUUUUAAAAAGAAGUAGUAUUCAGAUGCCGUAAAUGUCAUAGCUCUGCAUCAAAAAUACAGAUUGUAUGGAAACCAUGUUGUACAAAAUAAAAGUGCACGUAUCUACACACACCUAGGGCAAAAAUGACCAUAAAACUAAUUUAUAAUCUAGUAGUGUGAUUUAAUUUAAAACUUUUCUUCAAUGUGUGUUAAAAAGCUCAGUUUACUAAACUGUAGUUACAUCACCUCUUUAUAGCACACAUUGUUGAAGAAAAGUUAAUUGUCAAACUAACAGAUUAUAGUGGUUUACUGUAUUUUUUGCACUCAGCAACAAUUUGUUUGCACUAUGAAAAUGUAGGCCACACACACGUUCAAUAACUGUGACUUCUCAACACCGGAGUGGAGCCGUAUGUAAUUCUCUUGAAUGAAUGCGACCUGAUGCACUGUGAGCUCAAUGUGAUGUGGGAGUCAUUUGUCAACCAAUUAAAAAUGAGAAAUAAAACAUAAUGAUAAUAUAUUUAAUUUAAAGUUAGUUACUAUGAAACAUUAUCGAAAACAUCUGUAUAACUUAUAUGAAUGUAUUGUCUCUAUAUUGGACAUAUUCAACGAUGCAUUUUACUGUAAAGCAAUAACGUGAAAAAAUAAAAUGGCAAAAUAAUUCCUGUACAUUUGUCUCAACGGCCUUGAAUACAAGAUUUUUUUUAAAGUCACAUAUUAAAUGUAGCAAUUAAUACAGAUGUUGACAGCUGUGCUUUGACUUGAAUUUCUCAGCUGUAGUGUUUGUCUACAUACACCACAUGACCAAAAGUAUGUGGACACCUGCUCAUCGAACAUCUCAUUCCAAAAUCAUGGGCAUUAAUAUGGAGUUGGUCCCCCCUUUGCUUCUAUAACAGCCUCCACUCUUCUGGGAAUGAUUUCCACUACAUGUUGGAACAUUGCUGCGGGGACUUGCUUCCAUUCAGCCACGAGCAUUAUUGAGGUCAGGCACUGAUGUUGGGCGAUUAGGCCUGGCUCGCAGUCGGCAUUCCAUUUCAUCCCAAAGGUGUUCGAUGGGGUUGAGAUCAGGGCUCUGUGCAGGCCAGUCAAGUUCGUCCACACCGAUCUUGACAAACAAUUUCUGUAUGGACCUCACUUUAUGCACAGGGGCAUUGUCGUGCUGAAACAGGAAAGGGCCUUCCCCAAGCUGUUGCCACAAAGUUGGAAUGUCAUUGUAUGCUGUAGCGUUAAGAUUUCCCUUCGCUGGAACUAAGGGGCCUAGCCCGAACCAUGAAAAACAGCCCCAGACCAUUAUUUCUCCUCCACCAAACUUUCCAGUUGGCACUAUGCAGUGGGGCAGGUAGCGUUCUCCUGGCAUCCGCCAAACCCACAGUGAAAACUGUAAUGCCAAAGCAUGGUUCCAUUUCCAUCACAACUGCCUUUCGAUUUCAAUAUUAACUUUGUUAAUCUACACAUUUCUCCAAGAUGGGUGACCAUCUCGUGGUCCAUUCACGCACAUCACGUCGGGGAUCUGGCCAUCUGGAUCUAGCAGCAUGUUUGGCCCCAUGUAGCCAAUGAUGCGUCUUCCUCUAAUGAGACAGCUUCUUGGCUAGCAUAUUACUGUUAACAAGCUUCUCCCGCUCUCUCUCUCUCUCUCUUCUCUCCCCGCUUCUCUCAAGCGUGAUCUUGUGCUCUGAAGAUCCUCUUCUUCUCAAUGGCCCCUAACAAGCGUUCCGUUUGGACUGCUUUAUCUCAUGAAUAUCUCACUCUCUGCUCUCUCUCUCCUGUUUCUCUCCCAUCCAAAUCCUGAGAGAAUGGCAUAGACAGUUUAGAAGUUUGGCCUAUAUACAGCUAGUAGUCCAACUGCUCUUCUGGAGAUCUGGAGAAAAAUGUUUUUCCAGUCAUCUCUGUGGUAGUAUUUUGGGGACAUUUUGUUUGUGUUUGUUCUCUGUUCUUUUUUUACAUGGUCCUGCUGUUUUUGCAAAUCGCUCUGCUCAAAGUGAUGGAUGGUGAGCAUUCCGGGCUGCUGUUGCCUAUUGUCGUUUCUCUGACGCACUCAAAGUACACCAUGUACAAAAAGUUAAUGUCAAUGUUACCUAAUUCCUUGGUUUUACCUUGUGAUGAUGACACCAAAAUAAAGGGAAUGUGUAACAUAACCUCCAGGUAUCUGUUUAACAAAAUGAAAUCUAUAUAAAUAUAUGUAUAAUUUGUACUUUCUCACAGCACAUGGUUUGAAUCUUUCCUCAAUCCUGAUUUUUCUUUUUUAAAGGACACCUUGUGUUAGAUAUAUUUAUGGUUUUAUAUAAGUCUGAAGCGCAAUAUGGAUUCGUCAGGAACAGAUUGUAAAUGUCAGCCCAAAAAAUGAUUUUACAGAACAGACUUUGAACUAUCUAUUAUUUUCGGACAUUCAAAUAGUGUUCCUCCAAUAUCUGUUCCUCCAAUAUCGUACUGAGUAUUCUGAAAAGUACUCUUUCUGGCUACCUUCAAGGUCCCGGCAGGUAGCCUAGCAAUUGAGUGUUGGGCCAGUAACUGAAAGGUCACUGGUUCGAAUCCCUGAACUGACUAGGUGAAACAUUUCGAUAUGCCCUUGAGCAAGGCACUUAACCCUAAUUGCUCCUUUAAUUCGCUCUGGAUAAGAGUGUCUGCUAAAUGAAUAAAAUGGAAAUGUCCCUCGAAUACCCCCAAAAAAUCCUAAGUGUCUCUGGGUCUGAAUUUUCCUGACGACUCCUACUGAAUUUAAUUCCCCUGCUCUAUCUAUUGGUACAUACAUUGUCAGACUGCCACGCUAGAAGUCCUUUCUGACGAUCCAUUCGGUUAGACUGCCAUCCUAGAUGUCCUUUCUGCUGAUGCCAAAGUGAGGGGCGUUGUACAAAACAAGUCAUUAGCGAUUGGAUUGUCUCUAACCAAUCAGAGUAUCAAAGCCAAUUACUAUUUCCGAAACGCCGCUUUACCCACGUGUGUUCUGGCUCUGGUCAAACCCAUCGGUUUCUGAGACCAAUCAGAAUGGCUUGAAUGUGUUCGCGUUCGAGAAGCAGUCGGGAGGUGAUCAUAUUCAGGUCGUGUUCCCCUGCUCAGACGUUUCUGACGCAUGACAGAUCUUACAACACCUGAAUAUGUAUUUUACAUAUCAGCUAACAACAUACAGUAUGUUACAGCAAUCUGGUGCCCGACUGCACAGUUGAUGACGUGGCAGCAACCAUUGGUUGUAGCAAUGCAACGUCUGAGCAACGAUUGAUUGAUGCAAUGCAAUGUCAGGGGAACGCGACACCCAGACUCAUCGUGAAGAAGAAACGUUAGUGGGGGCGUGGCGUUUGGUAGGAGUGAUGUGUCUGGUUAGCCAGCCAGGUCUGAAUACUGUUCCAUUUAAUGUGUCUUCUAAAACUGUCUGGGAACCUUGCAAUUAGAUUACAUUUACAUUUACAUCAUUUAGCAGACGCUCUUAUCCAGAGCGACUUACAAAUUGGUGCAUUCAGCAAAAAAGUUUAGGUCAGCCAUUGUGUCAUCCAUUUUGUAAAGCAGAUUUAUUAAAGAGAUUUCCAGAGACACACACCUCCAUAUUAUUUCUUAUUUGUGUUUAUGACAUUCCAAUUUUAGCAUUUAGAUCCCACAUGCAGGGAGAAAUGGCCAUAUCACUGAAUGAAUAGACUUUCAGAGACUGCAGUGUGACUCUCCAGGGUCGUUUAUAUUAGGGCAUGGAACAGAAAAUGUUUUAUAACGUUUUGCAACAAAAAACAUGUUCCAUGGUUUCUUGAGAUGUGCCCAGGCUCUGGGCUCCACCCCAGUCACUCCCUAGCGGUUUUGACUAGAUAGAAUACAAUUUAUGUCUAAAUUGACUUUUUGUAACAGGUUAGGAGAACUUAAGCAGCAGGUUAGGAUAAUUAGGUUAAGGUUAGGGAAAGGGUUAGGGUUAGCUAAAAUGCAAACAUUUAAAACUUUUGAUGUCAAUUUGACAUAAACUGGCAUACUUAUAGUGUCAUUGUCUCGAUGGACUAUUUACUUCCUGGAUUAUUACACAGACUACACUAGUAAAUCACUCUGUCCUUUAAAGGGUGGAGACAUUAUUGCUCAACUAAAACGGAGACUUGAUUUUGCAUUUCCAUUUGUGUUUCAGAGAGUGUGCCUUUUGAGUUGAGUUUGGAAGAUUUUGAUUUGAUUCUGUAUGCCAUCUGAUUCAUUUGUGAUAAUAUAUAAAUAUUUUUUUUUACAUGACAUUCGUUCCCUCCCAUGUUUUUCUAAUGGGUUUAGUGCUGACUGACCAUUAUAAACAAAUCAGCGUUUCUUGUUGACUAGUCCUGGUUGGGUCAGGAAGACUUUACAAUGAGCUGUAGAGGUGAGGAUUGAUGAGUCUCGCUGCUACAGGACCACAGCACUCCACUAAGACAGUGGGUACAAGAAGAAACAAAGGAACCCAUCUUAAACCGUGAACACCAACGGUUAGACGGGAUGUCCGGGCAGGAUGCUGGUAGUACGCUUCGUGUUUAGUUCGGUUUAACAGGGCCAGACACAUCAGUCAUGAGUCAUGACCAAGCACACCGGCGCAUUUGUUGCUGAAAUAUAGAUGAAUGAAUUGUGUGCUCAGAGCUUUGUGUCUUUGAAACGGCAAGGCAAAGCAAAAACUGAGUUUGGGAGAGAGAGGGGCCUAAAUGGAUGGCGUAGGUCUCAAUUAAGCAAUAAGGCCAGAGGAGGUGUGGUAUAUGGCCAAUAUACCACGGCUAAGGGCUGUUCUUAGGCACGACGCAAUGCGCCCUUAUCCGUGGAAUAUAAGCCAUAUAUCACAAACCCCAGAGGUGCCUUAUUGCUAUUAUAAACUGGUUACCAACGGAAUUAGAGCAGUAAAAAUAAAUGUUUUGUCAUACCCCUGAUAUACCACGGCUGUCAGUCAAUCAGCAUUCAGGGCUCGAACCACCCAGUUUAUAAUGGAUAUUUUGGCACUGUCAUGAUAUGAUCCAUAAUUUAGACAAAGUGUUUGACUGCUUUAGAGAUAGACCUAUAUACACUGUUUUAUUAGUUUCAUUUUUUUAUUGAGAGACCUGUUGCUGGGUUGUGUCUAGCGCUUGAGAAUCCAAUGGGCCAUCCCCAGUCAUUCUCAUUCCAACUACUGACCACAGUGCAGCCAAUGUGUUGGCCUACAACAGUCCCAAUGCUCUGUCUAACUGUUAAUAAUCCUUGCGUGAAAAUACGAUUUUAGAAACCACCGAAACUCUGCUUUCAUAUCACCCCAAAAUAGUUUAAAAAUACAAAAGAUACACCUACUGUGCAGCGUUUUAACACAGAUUCCCACUGAGGUGUUUAGUGUUGCACAUUUACCUGAACAAGGCUACAGCACUUCCUGAGCUAAUGGAAACUCGGGAGGGAACCCCCACCCACCCACCCCCCCCCCCAUUGAAAAAAAUAACUGCUGAAAGCUGUUAGACAAAAAACCUCUGUAGAAAUCUGUGGUAAAACGGGGCACAGUAAGUGUAUAUUUUGUAUUUGUAAAAGGAUAAUAAUUAAGUUGUGUUCAAGCCCUAUGGGCCCUGGUCAUAGUAGUGUACGAUAAAGGAAUAGGGUGCCAUUUGGGACAGAGCUCCAGUACCUGUAUGUCCAUAUAGAUGGGACUCCUGCUCACAUUGGGAAGUGGUAUUGUGCUCAGGGCAGCUAGAGUGGCUAGCUAAGUGAUUAGAGGGUUUGGGGGCGUAGUAGAGCAGACAAUUACCUCAACUAACAUUGACUCUGUGCCGGUACCCCCUGUAUAUAGCCUCCCUACUGUUAUUUUACUAUUGUUAUUUUACUGCUGCUCUUUAAUAAUUUGUUACUUUUUUUUGGAGGGGGGGGGGGGUAUUCUUUCUUAAAACUGUAUUGUUGGUUAAGGGCUUGUAAGUAAGCAUUUCACUGUAAGGUCUACACCUGUUGUAAUCGGUGCAUGUGACAAAUACAAUUUGAUUUGAUUUGACAGAGCAGCCACGUGGAGAUCAGAGAAAGCGUUGAGUUAGCAGUCCCUUAGGUUGGUCAACACCCACACUUGCUCACUCUCCUGAGGCUUCUCCCUCGCCUCUAUGCACGCCGUCCUGAAUUAAUGUUGUCGAAAAUUGAAUAUUUCACAAAAGUUAGAGAUGCAAAAUAAAUCACAGGUUGGUGGAGAGAGGAAAGCGUUUUCACGACCCCCAUUGCGUAUGGAGGGAGCACAAUGAACUUCCUGAUGAUGAUGAUGAUGAUGAAGCUCUGGUUGAUUUAUGAAUGUGUCUGGCGCUGCGAAGGGGUCUUGCUAAGGUGAGCUCAUGCUGAGGCGGCUACAGGUCAUUUAUUCCUAUCCCCAAGUUGUCCAUUUACUUUCUCUCUCCUUUAUCCAAGAUUUAUUCAAACAAAAGUGUUCAUCUAACACUGUGUGGUGUCUUUUUGGGACAGCUGGGUCGUGAGAUAGAGACCCACUGAGAGCAAGGCUUAGAUGUAACAAAUCCAUAUUUGUGCGAUCUAGUAAGGCCAGUGAUCUUCACAAUGGUAGUCUGGCAUGUUUCCUCUCUAAUCCUAAAGCAAAAGUCUACAUUUGAAAGGGCACUGCUAAAAAGAGAAUUGGCAUUCUUGCAUUUGCUGUAAUCAGGUGCUCUCCCUCUUCUCAUCUGUCUCUCUCUCUCUCUCUUCCCCCCCCUCUCUCUCUCUCUCUCUCUCUCUCUCUCUCUCUCUCUCUCCUCUCUCAUCUGUCUCUCUCCCUCUUCUCAUCUUCUCUCUCUCUCUCAUCUUUCCUAUCUAUCCAUCUCUCUCUUCCUCUCUCAUUGGUAUCUCGUACUAUUAUCUAUUUCGCUCUAUCCUCUCUAUUUGUCUCGUCCGGAUCUAGAGCUGAAGCUGUGAGAAGUGAGCUAAGCGCGAAGAGAAAGAUAGAGAGACGAAGAAAAGCGAGCGAGGGCGAGAUAGGAGAGUGCGAUCCUAUCGUCUCUCUCUAUCUAUAUCUCCUCUAUCUAUCUCUCUUUCUCUCUCUCUCUCUCUCUCUCUCUCUCUCUCUCUCUCUCUGUCUCUGUGUUUUAUUAUGGUAGGUUAAAGGGUACUGUCACUUUCAGGCCAGUCAGUUGUUGUUGAUGGGGUCAAAGGCCACUGAUGAUUCUCCAGUGUGUCUCAGAGUGCUGGUACCUGUGGUUGAUCUUUGCAUGUGUCAUUCUGGGUACACAAUAGUACAUUGUUCACGUGGCUGAACUUUUCUUCUCUGUCCAUAAUGCCAGGGUUGGCCAAUGA